AUGGACGGCAAUCCUUUCGGCCGUCAUCAUCGUCACACCCAGCGGGGUGCAUUUCCAUUCGACCCACAACCUCUCGAAGCAAGCGACGAUUUCUCCGCUUCCUGGCCCGCUCCCGCCAGCGGCAUCGCCGGCGUUUCCCCCGCUUCCGCCUCCGCUGCUGUUUCAAUCUCCCACUUCCUCCCCACUCACUUCAACCCUCCGAAUGCUUCCGCAUUUGGCGCAGCGGCUGGAUCUUCGGCGGACCGUUCCGCGGCUGCCGCGCAGCCCUUUCUGCGCAAUGAGGCGCAGUUUUCCGCGCCUCCUGCGCCUUCCGCGCCUUCCGCACCAUCUCCCGCAGCUGCGCUUGAGUUUGCGUUGCUAGAAUCGCAGCUGUUAUCUGCAGUGGCGCAGCAAGCGUCUCAUGCGUCGCAGCAAGUGUCGCAGCAAGCGUCGCAUCAGCCGUCGCAGGACGUGUAUGGCGAAGAGCACUUCACUUCUGCAGAUACAGGUUUGGGACUUGUAGGUUCGGAGGCAGCGGACCUGUCGCUUGUAGGGUCGGCAGUAGCAGGCUUGGAACUUGUAGGUUCGGCAGUGGCAGGCUUGGCAGCGGACGGAACAGAUGCGUUUGACUUGGACGUUGAGGUGGCUCGGCUUGGGGGAGAAGAAGCAGAGGGGGAGGAGGAGAACGGGCAGAGGGAGGGGAAAGAGAGAGAAGAUGGGCCGGAAGGAGAUGGUGAAACUGGUGAGAUGAUGGGUGGGAGAGGGAGCAGGAAGAGACGGCUGGAGGACUUACGACAGACGGAGGGAGAGGUGGAAGGGGGAGUUGAAGAACCUGAAGAGGAAGGGGAGGAGGAAGAAGGGAGAGAGGGAGGAUCAGGAAAGUUGAAGAAACGAGAGAAACGUAAGGAGGGAGAAGGAGAUGGUGAGGAAGGAGGGAACAAAAGUAACGCCCUGCUUUGCCCAUCCAUUCCCACAACUCCCUCACCUCUCCUCUGCUCUGAAGCUGAAUUCCAACAGCUCUUAACCUGCAUCAAAACCUCCACUAACGAGGAUGCCAUCGCCAUGGUUCUCCUCCUCCUGCUAGAGGAGCAGCGCGCUGCCAAAGAGACCUCCUUCUUCCUGAAGCGCCUGCGGGUGAUUCGCUCCGAGUACCUGCUGCGCCACCACUCCCUCGUGCGCUCCAUCGAGCUCAAUCUCCAUCGGGACAUCGCAGACAACAACGCAAUCCGCCAGCAGGAGAUCCAACGGCUCAGGCGCGUCUGCAUGGCCGGCAUGACAGCUGGCGCCACGCUCUCGCAGCACCAGAUGGUGUACCGGCGGCUGUGGACGCGGCCACGGUCCCGCGCGUGGUGGGAGGAGUGUAUUGACCCGAAUUACCCUCCGGAAACGUUCCGAAAGACGUUCAGGAUGAGCCGGGAGACUUUCAUGGAGCUGUGUGACAUUCUCGGGCCGCUGAUUGUGAAGCGGUCUACCAGAAUCAGGGAGGCGAUUCCUGUGGACAUCAGGAUUGGAGCGGCGAUCUGGCGCCUGGCCACUGCCGAGCCUCUGCACUUGAUCUCCAGGAGGUUCGGGCUCGGCCAGACCACUGUUCAUUUCGUCUCGAAUGACGUUCUCAGGGCGCUGAAUGAAGUUGUUCUGCCCAAGGUGGUUGUCUGGCCUGAGCCGGGCAGCACCCGGGCAGCUGAAAUUUCUUCCCAGUUUCUGGACCUGUUCGGACUGGAUCAAGCUUCGUCUGUUGCACAGCAGCUGGGAAACGGGAGGCUGAUUGCAACUCUCUACACAACCCACCUGCCCAUCAACACGCCUAGGUCUAACCUUGCAAAAUAUCACAACAAGCAGCACACUGAGCGUUUCGCUCGCCCCUCCUACUCCAUAGCCAUGCAAACGGCCAUUGAUGCUAACGGGCAGUUCUUAGACCUUUGCAUCGGGCUGCCCGGCGCGCUUUCUGACGAGGAGGUGUUGCAGCAGUCGACCCUCCACCAGAAAGGACACAAUGGAGAGCUCCAGGGAGCCAAGGUCAUCGGGUUGCGGUCGUACCCGCUUCUGGAUUGGCUGCUGGUUCCGUACGCCCAAUCAGACAGCGCCACGUGGUACCAGACGACGUUCAACGAGUGCAUAGAGAAGGGCACUGCGGUGGGGAAGGACGCGAUUGGGCGGCUGAAGGGACGGUGGAGGAUCCUGCUGAGGCGGGCGGAGGGGAAGCUGCAUGAGCUGCCGCGGUUGGUGGGGGCGUGCUGUGCGCUGCACAACUUUCUGGAGCACAAGGGCGAGGCGUUUGACCCUGAGUGGGCGCAUGAGGCCUUUGAUGACUACGUGCCCGCCAAGCAAGCCGAUGACGAGUCCCCUGCUGCCGUCGCCGAGAGGGAUGCGCUGGCCCACGGCAUGUUCCAGGCCGUGCACGGGUGGGAGGGCCACGCUGCCAAUGCGCUGUGA